GUGACGGGGCUUUCAUUGGUGUGGCGUACAAAGGAAUGAAGAGGAAGGGAGGGGAGAGUGACCGUAGGAUUGGACACAAUAAGGAGUCCUGGUGUUUAGUCUGCUAUGAUAGUGGUUAUAACUUUUACCAUAAUGGAGUCAUCAGAUACAGCCGACCAGAUACCUUUCCUGUUUCUAAGAGAGUUGGGGUAUAUCUGGACUGGCCAGCUGGUACGUUGUCCUUCUAUAGUGUGUCCUCCUCUGGUACAGUGACACACUUCUACACAGAACACACCACAUUCACUGAACCCCUCUAUCCUGGGUUUAUAAUGUACACCUCCGACUACACCUCAUUGACCCUGUGUCCGAUAGAUGACAAAAACAUUCAGAGAGACCAUGGUGGAGAGAGUUGUAUCAAGCCUGGACCUGAGAACACCAGAGACCAUGGUGGAGAGAGUUGGACCAAGCCUGGACCUGAGAACACCAGAGACCAUGGUGGAGAGAGUUGGAUCAAGCCUGGACCUGAGGACACCAGAGACCAUGGUGGAGAGAGUUGGAUCAAGCCUGGACCUGAGAACACCAGAGACCAUGGUGGAGAGAGUUGUAUCAAGCCUGGACCUGAGAACACCAGAGACCAUGGUGGAGAGAGUUGGAUCAAGCCUGGACCUGAGAACACCAGAGACCAUGGUGGAGAGAGUUGUAUCAAGCCUGGACCUAAGAACACCAGAGACCAUGGUGGAGAGAGUUGUAUCAAGCCGGGACCUGAGGACAACAGAGACCAUGGUGGAGAGAGUUGUAUCAAGCCUGGACCUGAGAACACCAGAGACCAUGGUGGAGAGAGUUGGAUCAAGCCUGGACCUGAGAACACCAGAGACCAUGGUGGAGAGAGUUGGAUCAAGUUUGGACCUGAGAAAUGGAUUCCUCAGAGCUGUAAGACUUGUGACCAUGUUGAGGACUCCACACACUGGCUUCAGAUUGAACCCUUGACUUCCACUGUCCAGGGAGUGACAAUGUUCAGACACAGGACACCCAGAGGGAGUUAUGAGUGCACAGUGUCUGGGCUCCGCUGGCUGUGUGAGAGAGAUGUCAUUCUGAAGUAUCACUUCAGGAACUGGGAACCCUACAGUCAACUUCGGAAAGACAUGCAGUACACACAAGGUGGUCCAUUGCUGGACAUCACUAUGGAGUUAGGUGAACUGGAGGAAGUUCAUCUGCCACACUUUGUCUGUUUAGGGACCAACCCUUCCCUGAGGAAUGAGAUGAAGAUUCUUCAUGUAGAGGAACAUGGAGUGUCUUUUGAGGAAGUGCAUGAGGUCACCAGAUUCCAUGUUAAGAUUCUUCAUCCCAAAUUCUCACCCAUCUCUGUUAUACUGAGGUUACUGUCUUGGAACGUAGAUGUCCACUGUGAUGUGGUCCUCUAUUUGGCAGUAAAAAGGUCAACAGUCAUUUCAAGGCUGUACCUGCUCCUCAGAAACUCCAGUCAGAAAGAGGCUGUUCAGGAACGGGAGAAAAACCAGGUGUCCAAAGGAUUUUCAGAAUUCGUCCUGUCAAGUCCAAACGGGUCCUUAAAGCUGAACAGUUGGUUUGCGUUCAAGAAUCCCCGCUCCACUUCCAUCAAUCCAGAGAAGAUUCAGCUGUUACCUGCAGACACCACACCAAGCUGUUGUCAGAUGAUAAUGGGAAACACAGGGGUGGAUAUUGAGAUGGAGUUAAUCGGGGAUGAUGAGAGGACAGUAUGGAAAUCAGUGGUAUCAAAAGAUGUGUACAGCAACGACUCUCAUUCAACGACAUUAACACUCUCUGGGAUUCCUGCUGAGGAGUUUCUGAAGAAACACAGGGCUGAACUCAUUCAGGGAGUCAAAAACCCAAUGCCAAUAGCAGAUGAUCUGUCGUCAAAGAGCAUGAUUGGUGAUGAAGAGUACUCCAGAAUAAAAGCUGAAACAACUGAACAGGAGCGAAUGAGAGAACUACUGAACGCAGUCCUCCCUAAAGGACCAGAAGUGAUGGGAGCUUGUCUCAAAGCUCUCAGUGAACAUGAACACCAUCUUGUUAAGUACUUGAGUGAAUCGAGGUGUAUCAUAGGACCAUUAUUCCAUCAUUAUCUCAUCGUUAUCUUAGAUGUAUCAUAGGACCAUCAUCACAUCAUUAUCUCAGGUGUAUCAUACGUCCAUCAUCACAUCAUUAUCUCAGGUAUCUAACACCUCCUUCUUCUCCAUACUUUCUGAUCUCUCUCUUCCCUUCUCCUCCAUCCUCUGUCUUGUAGCACCUAAUCUGAAGAUGCUGAGGCCUGUCUCCUAGUCUUUUGACAAAGACACUUCUUCACCUAAUCUGAAGAUGCUGAGGCCUGUCUUUUAGUCUGUGGACAAAGACACUUACAAAGACCCCCCCCCCCCCCCUGAAAUGGAUAAACAUUAAUGGUAACAUAUUGGCACUGUACGAAACAUAUGCACGGUGUCCAAUACCACUCAAAUAUAUGCCAUUUCAUUCAAAGCUUAUGGCAAAUGUCAUAGGGCAAAUGCCAAGUGUCAUACAGCAAAAAUCCAAACGAUGGCGAGCGCGCUCCACCAUAGAUUUUCAUAUUGCAAAUGCACAUCAAGUCAUGACCCAAGAGUCACAUUUUGAAAAUUUGAAUUUUUUUUCUAAAACUUAUCAACCCCCUAAAAAAGAGCUUUCUGGACUGUUUUUCGAAUAUCUUUAGAUUUUGUUUUGUCAAUUAUACAUGUAUAAGAACAGUAUGAACAUACUCUUGUCAUAUUUCAUUGUCAUAAUUAAAAGUAUAUAUUUUUUUACUU